UGUUCACAGUUAAUGAGAAUGGAUUUCAUAUUUUUGGGAUUAUGCAUUCUUUGCAUUGUUCUGAUUUUUUCAAUUCUGUGGAACUACCAUCAAUAUAUUAUUCGACAAAAGUUCAGAAAUAUUCCCGAAGUCAAGGGAUAUCCUUUCAUUGGUGUUGCAUUUGAGUUUAUGAAGUUAUCAGAUUAUGAUCGCAUAAAAAGGUAUUCCUCGUUUAUAGAGGAGUUUAAAGAAGGAAUAUUCAUGUACCAGAUUGGAACCAAACCUUUUAUUAACAUAUUUAAGCCAGAAUACUUAGAGCUUAUUUUUCCUAGCACCGUAAAUAUCACAAAAGGAAACUCUUAUGAUCUGCUGAAACCUUGGUUGGGCAAUGGACUUUUAACAUCUACAGGUAAACAAUGGUUUCAUGAUAGAAAACUCAUCGGACCAACGUUCCAUUUUAGUAUAUUAGACCAAUUUGCUGUGAUUCUAUCUGAAAAAGCAGAGAUCCUGACAAAGUGUCUCGAAAAAAAAAUAAAAGACAAUCCAGGGAAAGCCGUUGAUAUUUUUCCUUUUAUGAUCAAUGUGACUCUUGAUAUUAUCUGCGAAACGGCAAUGGGUGUGGAUGUACAUGCUCAAGAAAUUGUAAACGAAUAUACAUCAACAGUACAUCAAAUCUCCAAGUUAAUAUCGAAUCGAAUGAUUCAACCAUGGUAUUGGAUUGACUGGUUGUACUAUUUAUUACCUACAGGGAAACAGUUUAAAUCAAUGCUUGAUAUAUUACAUGGAUUUACAAAAAAGGUAAUAAGUAAAAAAAAGAUUGACCGACAGUCGCAAAAUGCGAAACUCGAAAAUGAAGAUGAUGAAUUUAACAUAGGUAAGCGAAAGAGAAAAGCGUUUUUAGACUUAUUAUUAGACCAAAAUGAGAAAGACUACUGCACUCCUUUGACUGAUGAUGAAUUGAGAGCACAAGUCGAUACGUUCAUGUUUGAGGGACACGAUACAACUGCUGUUGCUAUAACCUGGGCAUUGUUUCUUUUGGGCAAUAAUCUCGAGCAUCAGGAAAAAGUUCACAAAGAACUCGAGGAAAUUUUCGGAGAUUCAGAGGUACCAGCCAGUGUAAAAGAACUGUCGCAAUUAAAGUAUCUUGAAAGAGUUAUAAAGGAGACACUUAGAAUAUUCCCAAGUGUACCUUUAAUCGUGAGGGAACUAGUAGAAGAUGUAAAAAUAGAUAAUUAUACACUUAUGAAAGGUACUUCAGUUAUAUUGACCAUCCUAUUAGCACAUCGAAAUCCGGCGGUUUGGCCGGACCCAUUGAAAUUCGAUCCGGAUCGCUUCCUUCCAGAAAACUCGCAGAAUAGAAAUCCGUAUGCUUAUAUUCCGUUCAGCGCCGGACCAAGAAACUGUAUAGGGCAAAGAUUCGCUCUACUCGAAGAGAAAACCGUAUUGACUGCAAUUCUCAGAAAGUGGAGAGUGAAAAGUGUGAAAACAAUCGACACGAUUGAGUACGGCGGUUCUCUCAUUACGCGUCCAGUUGAAGAAGUAUUCAUACAUUUUACGCCAAAAAAAUAAACAGUUUCAGCAAAUAAAA